AUGUCAUCCGAUUUGAAGUGCAGUUACAAAAGUACUUCACUAUCGCCUAUUUAUGCAAGCACCGGGUCCGUAGCCACUAUAUCUGCUGAUGGCUCGUUACUGGCAUGUCCAGUACUUGAUGAAAUUAACAUCAUACAGCUUAUCCCAAAUAGAAAGCUUCUGCAUAGCAUAGACAAUGCGGAUGAGCAAGAAAUUACAGGAAUUAGUCUAACACCUGAUGGAAAGUAUCUGAUCUACGUUUCCCAAUCACAACUAGUCAAAAUUGUGAAUGUUGAAACUGGUGUUAUUACAAGAAGUUUGAAAGUUUCCUCUCCCUCUUAUGUCAUGACAUGCGAUCCUACCUCAACAUUAGUUGCUAUUGGUGGAACUGAUGGUUCUAUUACGGUCAUUGAUAUCGAAAAUGGUUACAUUGCUCAUUCGUUCAAGGGUCACGGAGGUACCAUAUCUAGUUUAAAAUUUUAUGGUGAACUAGGCACUAAUAUAUGGUUAUUAGGAUCGGGUGAUACCAACGGUAUGGCAAAAGUUUGGGAUCUAGUUACCAGAAAAUGUAAAUUUACAGUUCAAGAGCACUCAUCCGCCAUAAGAGGUAUAGAUUUUACCAAAAAUGAUGACAAAGACGUUUUGAACCUAAUCACAGGUGGUAGAGAUAAUGUUUUGAAUUUAUGGAGAUUUAAUAUCAAGGGUAAGAGUUCAAAGCUGGUGAAAACUAUCCCCGCUCAUCUCCAAAUCGAAGCAUGUGGUUUUAUAACGCAUAAUGACGAAACCUUUGCAUAUACUGCUGGUGGAGAUGCUGUCUUUCAAAUUAUUGAUUUGAAUGAGAGCUCUGUGGUGAAAUGUACCAAAAAACCAAUAGAGGAGCUAUUUAUUACAGGAGUCAUUCCUAUAAACCAGGGAAAUCAAUUUUAUGCUGUGCUUUCUGAUCAGACUAUUCAACUACUUCAGCCAAAUUCAGAAAUUUUUAGUUCUAAAAGCGAAUUCAUCCAAAUUCAGGAAUAUAUCGCAGGUAAUCAUGGUACUGUAGCAGAUCUUUGUCUUGUAACAAAGAACAAAGAUUGUAUAGCAUUAGCCACUAAUUCCCCAAGUUUGAGAAUAAUCCCGCUACCAAAAAUUGACGCAGAUACACAAGAUACAGAUCUCCCAAUCGAAGUGAAUUUAUAUGAGGGUCACUCAGAUCUUCUAAAUUCAUUAGCUUGUACCGAAGAUGGUCAAUGGCUAGCUACUGCAUCGAAGGAUAAAACAGCUAUAUUAUGGCAUUGGAACAACACUUCUAAGCGGUUUUACAUAUACGCAACGUUUGUCGGGCAUGCUGCAUCUGUUUCUGCUGUAUGCCUUCCGAAUGUUAUGGAAAAGAACUAUCCAAAAUAUAUAAUAACAGCAUCUAAUGACCUAACGGUUAAGAAAUGGGAGAUUCCACCUAUGAAAAAUGAUCUGAAUGAGGUGCCUUUCAUUGUAAAGAGUUCUAUUUACACUCGUCAUGCUCAUGAGAAGGAUAUUAAUGCUAUUUCCAUGGCUCCUAACGACUCUAUUUUUGCCACAGCAUCAUAUGACAAAACCUGCAAACUUUGGAAUGUUGACACUGGUGAACCAGUUGCAACUUUGGCGAAUCACAAGCGUGGUCUGUGGGAUGUUUCCUUUUGUGAAUCUGAAAAAUGGAUAGCGACUUGUUCUGGUGAUAAAACAGUGAAGAUAUGGUCACUGGAAUCAUUUACGGUUUUAAAGACAUUAGAAGGUCAUACUAACGCAGUACAAAGGUGCUCAUUUAUGAACAAGCAAAAGCAGCUUGUUUCGGCAGGUGCUGAUGGCCUUAUUAAAGUAUGGGAUAUUGCAAGCGGUGACUGCAUAAAAAACCUUGAUGGUCAUUCUAAUAGAAUUUGGGCUUUAUCAGUCUUAGAGGACGGUGAUCUUAUUAUAUCAGCAGAUGCGGACAGUGUUUUUCAAUUUUGGAAGGAUUGCACUGAGGCAGAGAUACAAGGUGCUCUGGAAGAAAAUAAAGUCCGUGUAGAACAAGAACAGUCCUUGACUAAUUACAUGAACAAUGGUGAGUGGUCUAACGCAUUCUUGUUGGCAUUACAAUUAGAUCACCCAAUGCGUCUGUUCAAUGUUCUGAGGAGCUCUAUGGGAUCUCAACCAGAGCAAGCGAACGGUAAAGUCAUUUUCAAUCAAGAGUUAGAUUCACUUAUUGGAACUCUUAACAAGGACCAAUUAAUUCAAUUAAUGAAAAGAUGCAGAGAUUGGAAUACUAAUGCCAGGACUCAUAUGGUGGCGCAAAAGACCAUUUCCUGUAUUUUCUUGAAUCAUGAUAUGACCGAAUUUGGUGAAAUUCCUGGGAUGGUAAGAAUUGUAGAAACAAUACUGCCAUAUUCGAAGAGACACUACAGUAGAGUCGAUAACUUAGUGAAGGAAAGCUAUUUGCUAGACUACGCAUUGCAUGAUAUGGAUAAAUUGCUGUGA